AUGAAUGUGCACGGCACACCUCACAGUGCAGGAUGUUGUUCGGUCAUUCGCACAUCUCGAUCCGCUGGCUCUGAUUGGCUGAGCCUUCAAUGCCCACAAUGCCUUCCGAAUCACGUGACAACCCCUUCACUUCCGUACUUGCGCUUUGCUGUCCACUUGAACCACGCAGCUAGCAAAAUGAAGCGUAAAGUGCUGUCGAUGAAAACAAAGAGAGAAAUUAUUGAUAAAUAUGAGCGAGGUGUGAAACUUAGUGCUAUUGCACGUGAGUAUGGCCGAAAUCCUUCGACCAUAGGAACAAUUCUAAAACAAAAAGAAGUCAUCAAAGCAGGUAAACCUUCAAUGGGCACCACCAUCAUGUCCAAAAGGAGGACCCCCAUACACGACGAGAUGGAAAGGCUUCUCCUUGUUUGGAUUAAAGACAAGGGAAAGACUGGCAAUACCCUCACAGAGACUAUCAUUUGCGAGAAGGCGUCCUCAAUUUAUAAUGAUUUAGUAAGUAAGGCAGCUUCCGAUGAGCAGCCAACGGCAUCGACGUCCUCGCGGGAGGCACCCCUAACCUCCCCAGAGUUCAGGGCAUCGCAUGGGUGGUUUUAUCGGUUCAAGAAGAGGACUGGCAACCACUCCGUUGUGCGUCACGGCGAGGCAGCAAGUUCCGAUCACAAGGCUGCCGAAGAAUUUGUUAAAAAAUUUGAGGAACUUAUAAAUCAAGAAGGCUACAUCCCCCAGCAGGUAUUCAACUGUGAUGAGACUGGCCUCUUCUGGAAAAAGAUGCCGCGGCGUACGUACAUCACCGUGGAGGAAAUAAAGAUGCCAGGCCACAAGCCCAUGAAGGACCGU